UUUCGAAAUGCACGUGAUCCUUAAACAGAACUAUUAUUGUUAUUAUUGUAUUGAAAAUGAAUAAGUCGAUCGCCAUCUUUGGGUUUUAAUACACCCUGACACGUAUUAGUGUAUACCUACUUCUACCCGGGCAGGUACAAUACCUUUUAUGAAAUAACAAGGUACAAUGUACGAAUGAUAUGCGCAUACCAACGCAUUAUGUUUAAAAACGACCAAUCCGAAUAGUUUUAUAGUAUCAAGUCGAUUUAUGAGUAUUUGGAUUUUCAAAACGUUAUACAUUCUUAUUGUGUCCGUCCACAUUGUGUCUCUUCUUAAUGUAUAUUUGAGUGUCGCCAACUAAAGUAGCUAAAAACACGAUUUUAUCCUUCAAUAUUCGAAUAUAAUGGCUUAUUGAUAACUCUCCCCGUCUGGACAUCUAAUUGUGUCUGGGCGCCUUAAAUCGUCUUGGUGCUCGCUUGAUACCGACGAGUGUGGUCAUUCGAGUGUCGAGGUAUGAAGUAUACACACCUUGAGUGUUAUUCUUAGUAUAAAUGUUUCAUUUUUUGCUAUAGAAAAAUAUCUUACUAUGUUUAAUUUUUAUUUAUAAAAAUUAAUACUUUAUUAUUAACCCUCGUAUAUUUUGGUUUUUAUAACGUGUAAUAAAGAAGUCAACAUACAGAUUUGCUACUAUCGUUAGAUGAAAUAAAAACACCACAAAAGAGAAUAGUACAAUCUCAAGCAAUAUGGCUGACUCGACAAGGUCAAGAAAACAGUUUUGGGAGCAUUCAUCUACUCCUAUUUAUAUUCUAAUUGCAGUUACACUGGUGUUUGCGUGUAUAUCACACGUCGAUUCGUUCAGCCGCGAUGACGACAAGGGCGCGGUAAAUUGCUCGAGAUCGCGGACGUGCACGAAGUGUGCCGAAAGGCCGUUGUGCAGCUGGUCGCUGGAACGGCAGACGUGCGUGGACAUGACGCAGAAACCGGAACUGUUGAUGGUGAACGUCCGCGGCCACUGUCCGCGGUUGACCGCCAUCGACACGUUCGCCUACAAAACGCUGCUGCCCUUCACGUACAGGGUGAAGAUUUCGAACGACGUGAGCGGCUUCGUCAAGUACCUGGCCAAGACGAACGUCACGUGCACGCUGAAAGGCGUCAGGUUCAACGGUACGGUGAACGAGGACGCGGACACGAUCGACUGCGCGGCCAUAAGCAACGAACACCUGGGGUUCGGAAAUCAGCGGCUGAUGAUCUACCACUACAGCGUCGAGUUCGACGGCGUGCCCUUGCGGUUCGACGACGGCGUCAACAACUACUUCACAGUGUACAACACGCACUUCUGCAAAGUCGACUACAGGGCCAAGGACUGCGUCGCGUGCUCUUGGGAAUCGGCACGGAACGCGUUCUUCUACAAACGGUGUUCGGCGGGUAACGCGUGCACAGGCCUGUUCGAGUACUACGACCGGCAGAACACCACGGCCGAGGGCGUCCGGACGUCCGGCGGGCGAAACGACGACGACUACGACGACGACGACGCCCCUGCCGCGGAACAGCCGGCGGACGGAUUAUACGAACCGCCCGCGGACGCUUGCGGCCCGGACAUGACGAUCGAGUCGGUGGAACCGCUGACGGCGCCGUGGUCGGGAGGCACCACGCUGGUGAUAACCGUCAAGAGCCACGAGUUGCUGGCCGAGGGGCGAAAGGCGACCGUGACGGUGGCCGGACGCGACUGCGUCUAUCCGAAGACGGUCAACGGCGAGACCAUCACGUGCACGGUCGGGCCCCCGAAACCGGAAGACUUGGCCGCGGGCCCGGUGCGCGUCGUGUACGGCCCGCUGCGGCUGACGUCCGAUCAGACCCUCCGGUUCAUCUACCCCGAGCCGACCGCCCUGAGCCCGGCGUGCGGUCCCGUUUCCGGCGGCACCCUGUUGCGCAUCGCCGGCCGCUUCAUGGACGCCGGCAGCACGGUCACCGUGUCCGUGGGCCCGGCCAACGUGCCGUGCGAGCUGUUGGCCAGGCGCGAGGACCACGCGCUGUGCUUGACCGGACCUGCGGACGGGCCGUCCGCGGGCUCCGUCACCGUCGUUUUCGAUAAAUCGCUGAGGCGCACCGUCGGCGCCAACGACGUCAUCGCUCAGUUCGUGUACGCGGGCGAUCCGGUGCUGGACGCGCGACAGCCGUUCGCCGGCAUCGCUUCCGGCGGCACGUACGUCCCGGUGCGCGGCCGCCAUCUUCAGUUACGUAUUUAA